CAAUAAGGUAUUCUUUGCAAACAGCUCCCAACAAAAAAGAAUUUAUAUUCUUCAAUCCUGUUUCACUUACCUCCGAUCUCAUUCGCUCCGAGAUCUGAGCGCCCGCCUCCUUUCCUCUCGGGCCGCCAGUCGCGAGAAGGAAGACGAAGCGGAGAUGAGCGACGAGGGACGCGACCCCUCGACCCCAAGCACACCUCCCCCGCUCUCCGACUCCGGGGCCGGCGCUGGCGCCCCACUCCUCCUCCGCCCCCGCCGCGAGCCCUUCGAGCACGGCCUCCUCCCCAUCCCCAAGCUCAUCUUCUCCGACGGAACCCUAACCCUAGGCCCCCUCCGGGACAAGCUCCUCGGCCUGUCCUCUACCCGCCCUGGCCGAGUCGACGCCCCGGCCCUCGCGGAAGCCCUCCAGAUCUCUCCCGACCACGCCCGCCUCGUCCUUGACACCCUCGCCUCCGUCCUCCCUUCCGAUCCACCCGACCCCGCUGGGACGGCGGACGUCUAUGACCUCGUUCUCUUCCUCUAUAUCCAAACCUACAAGCGCCUCCUCCCCAAGGCGCACAAGGAUUCCGUCACCGUCGCCGAUGUGUGGCCCUCAACCUCCGCCUUCGACGGCUUCUUCUCCGCCCUCUCGCCGAUCCAGCUUGUACGCAGUAAUAGUCGGCGUUCUAUGCCUUCACAAGCUGAUGAAGAGGCACAUCAAUUAUCUUAUCUGCAGAAGCAUAUGGCUAACAUGCUGGAUCUUCUGGCAGAGUCAGUUGAAGGCGAGGGUGAUGAGUGUCUGGUUUUAACAUUAGAAAGGUUUGAACACCUUGGCUUGCUCAUUCAAAUUGGUGAGAAGGGUGGUGAAGAAAUACCAUUGAGAGAGGCAGCUCCUUUCUUUGCAAAUUCAGAUCCCGACAUGCCAGCUGUUCCUGUGCCUGCUGCGCAUGUUCAUGACUGGGUUUUGCAGAAUAUAGCUGCUUCAUUGGAGCAUACUGCUGAGAAAGUACCAGUCAGAGAAAAUGGCCCAGUUAACACCUCAGAUCAGGAUGUGGCUAUGACUGAUGCCUGCAUGAGUCAUGUGAGGGCCCAAUGCAGCAGCUCGCUGAGUGGGACCACUAUGCAAAGCAAUGCUGCAAGGAGUCAGACUUUUGUUGAGGGUUUUUCUAAAGCUUCUGUAGUCAAGCAGGCAUGUGAUAUCAAGGGCCAUUCCGUAAAGGUCUUAAAUUGCCAUGAUUCAGUAAUUUACAUACUAGCACCUCUGAAGUAUGCCACUGUUUAUGGGUGUUCUGAUUCAACCAUCAUUCUAGGAGCUAUUGGUAAGGCUGUACGAGUGGAACAUUGUGAAAGGGUACAAGUCAUUGCAGCUGCAAAACGCAUAUGUAUUGCAAAUUGUCGUGAAUGUGUGUUUUUCUUGGGGGUCAACCAGCAACCUCUUAUUGUUGGAGAUAAUCAUAAAAUACAAGUGGCCCCAUACAAUACCUUUUAUUCGCAGUUGGGGGAACACAUGGCUCAAUUUGGCAUUGAUGCAACUGUCAAUAGAUGGAACGAACCCCUUGUGCUGGGAAUGGUUGAUCCUCAUGAUUCACUUUCUCAUCCUGCAGGAGUCUCUGAUGUCCAAGCUGAGUCUGCUACAUGUCUUGAUCCUGAUCAGUUCUCAAAUCUUCUGAUUCCUAAAUGGUUUGGAGUUGAAUCAUUAGAGUCCACAAAAUGUAAUCCAUUUCCGUUGCCUGAGAUUUACAAGGCAUCCGAGAAGAAAAAUAAUUCAAUUAUGUGUGACAUCCAACAAGCUAUAAGGGAUGCACAACUUGAGGAAGGCAGGAAACGGGAAUUGGCAUGUGCACUUCAUGCUCAUUUUAGGGACUGGCUCUAUGCUUCUGGCAACAUCCGCCAACUCUAUUGUCUACAGGGUGAUUGAGCUGGUGAGCGUUUGUAGUGAAGGCAUCGUGUCGCCAGGGUGGAUGGGCUUGUGAGUGUUACGAAGGCAUUCUGCUGCUCAGCAUAUGUAAAUUGAGGGGGAAAAAAAAGAGGAAGUCAGUCUCCAUCUCUUCGCCACCUUUUUAUCCACCACUGUUGGUUUUUUCAAUUCAGCAAUUUUAUCGGAGGAUUGUCUUUAGUGUACAAUCAGAUGUGCAUCAUGGCACUCAAAAUGUAGCGUGGUUGCUCGAGAAAGCAAUCUGGGUGUUAGGGCAUAUCCUUUGCCUUUUGUUUUCAUUCUCUUUGAUUGUUGUUAGUUAGGUGGUGACAUUUUGAUCAAGGGUCAGGUUUUUAUGAUGUCCUCAUGUAAUCUGAUGAUGCUUGAGAGAAGAUGCCUGUUUGAAGAUGAGCAAGUAGCUGUACUGUAUGGGUUCUUUCCAUGUCAGGCAGCAGAACUUGAUGAUGGGACUAGGUUUUUGAAUGUUCAUUGGCGGAUAUUCUUUUUUUCCCCCACAAUGCAUCUGAUCUCAAAAUAAUUUUGU